UUGUCACAUGGAUGCUUAAAAACGUACCUUAAACAAAUCCUAGUGAUUUAUUUAUUAGUAAAUUGCAAAAAACAAUGCAUCCGCUACUCAAUACCGUCGAAACAAUUUUAAUUUGAUUGUUUAAAAAUUACUGCAAAAUAGGAACUAACGGCGAAAAUAAAUUUCAUUUUGAAGGUUAGGUGCGAUAUAUAUUGAGAAAUGAAUAGGGGUGGUCGGUGGAAUCGUAAAAAGAGUGGAAGAUUCAGUACAGGUGGUAGAGGUCGCGGCGGUCAUGGAUUCGAUAGAGGAAAUCGUAAUUUUGUCAAGGGUGGCCCCCCAAACCAAUGGAAAAAGAUAAAAAGAGACAUACCAGGUCCGAGGAUUUCAGAAUCAGAAAUAGGAAUUACAGAAUAUAUAAGUGACCAUAAAGGAUUUAUUGGUAUUAUUAAAUGGCGGUACUCUGACUUUCAAGUAUCAGAAAUCAAUGAAGAUGGUGUUAUAGCGAAAUUAACAGAUCUUAAGCCACCUGAACCCCCAGAAGAUGAAGUUAUAGAUGACGAUGAAAGCCUCUUAUUGAAUAAAUAUAACUUGGAAAUUCUUCCUAUGGAGAUAUGGGAUAAAAUUAAUGUUCUAUCUUUAGGUAGUAAAACAACUACUGAAAGUGUUGAAAUAGAUGCAAAUGAUAUUUCAAAAGAAGAACGAACAAAAAUGCAUGAUGCUGUAAAGAAAGCUUUUGGAGACAGUAUUGUAAGCAGUACUGUCAAUAUAGAUGGAAAAAAGUUCAUGAGAUUUGAAAAAUACCGAAAAGGAGUAUAUGUCGACAGAAGGAUAAAAUGGGUGUGGCCAGAAGAAUAUGUACAUUUUAUAGUACAUAAAGAAAAUUGUGACACAAUGGAGGCUGCUGGCAAGAUAGCUGCUAGGCUAAGACUCAACGUGAAGCCCACGAUGUUGGGAUAUGCCGGUACCAAAGAUCGUCGCGCAAAGACGUCGCAGUGGUUUAGCAUGCGCAAGGUGGAUCCUCGCAAGAUUGUGGCAGCGUGUCAGGAUCUCAGAGAAAUACACGUCGGGAACUUUACUUUCAGUUCUAAACACAUUAAACUUGGCAUGCUGAAGGGCAAUAGGUUCCGCAUCGCCAUCCGCAACGUGGAGGACGGGGCGGGCGCGCGGGCGGCGUGCGAGCUGGUGUGCCGGCGCGGGUUCAUCAACUACUUCGGCCUGCAGAGGUUCGGCACGCAGGCCGACAUGCCCACCUACCACAUCGGUCGGUUCUUGCUGCAAGGGGAGUACCAGAAGGCCAUAGACGGCAUCCUGUCCGUCCGCGAGGGGCCCCUGGAGCACGCGCUGCGGCUGUACGCGGAGGGCGCGGGGGCCGGGGGGGCCUGCGCCGCCGUGCCCGCCCGCGCCGCCGCGCUGCCCGAGGCGCGCCUGCUGCGGGCGCUCGCCGACACCCCCACCGACCUCGUCGCCGCGCUCGAGCGGAUCCCGCGCAACGCUCGGCUGCUGUACAUCCACUCGUACCAGUCGUACGUGUGGAACCACGCGGCCUCGGAGCGCGUGUGGCGCCUGGGCCUGCGCCCCGCCGCCGGGGACCUGGUGCCGCGCACCGCCCCGCGCCCCGACGACCUCUGCGACGACAACUUCCAUUUAGAAGUAACAGAGGGCAACGAGGGGGACGCGGAGGACGCGGACCCGCCGCGAGGGGGCGGGGCACAACCUGGCGAUCAAGCGAAAGAUGAAUCUUCAGAAAGCACAGUAGAUAUUCGAAAAUUAGACGUCAAAGCUCUAACACAGGAAGAUAUAGAUUCAUCUCGUUACACCAUCUUCGAUGUCGUAUUGCCGCUCCCGGGGUACAGCGUGGAGUACCCGGACAACAUGAAGGGAUAUUAUGAGGAAUUCUUAGAAAAAGACGGAUUGGACAUCAAGUUGAAGAACCGUGUCAAGACGUACAGCGCGCGCGGCGCCGUGCGGCGGCUGGUGCAGCGGCCGCACGCUGCCAGCUGGGCGCUGCACCGCUACUCGCGCGCCGAUGCUGACCUGCUCGCCUCCGACUUAGACGAGCUGGCAGCGCGCGUGCCGCCCGCCCCGCAAGAAGAUGGCAAAUAUGAAGCGUUAUUACUGACAAUGACAUUGCCACCCAGUUGCUACGCCACAAUGAUGUUGCGCGAACUGAUGAAGACGGACACCUCGUCGAGGGCUCAGGCCCUACUCUCUCAUCCUCUGAAGAGGACGGCGUCCCCCGACCCCCCGCCGGCCGCGCAAUGAACGUUAC